CCGUUGUUUAACACUUUGAAGGUCGGCCAUAGUAAAGUUUUUUCAUCAGAAAUGAAGAUUGGCGAACUCCGACCAGAACAGUCGGCGACGGUUGAAGCUUUAGUGCGUGAACUACAAAACUUGGAUAGCAGUGCGUUCCCUGCUUUGUACUCUUUGGCAGAAAAUGAACUCUUCCGUCUGCGUGGCGGCAUUGCGGACUCAUUUGACUUGGUCAGCAACAAACCUGUAAAAGUGAGGGCAAAAAUAGAAAUACCUCAGGCACAAUACCCUGCUAUCAAUUUCGUUGGAAAACUUCUUGGUCCGGGAGGUCAAACAUUGAGAGCAGUGCAAGAAACCACCAAAACAAAAAUGGCGAUCUUAGGUGCUGGCAGUCUAAGGGAUGACGCUAAGGAAAAGCAGCUCCUUUCCAAUGGUGAUCCGAAAUAUCAGCACCUGAAGCAAAAGCUGCACCUUCAAGUUGACAGUUUAGGUCCACCCUCGGAAUCAUGUUAUCGGUUAGCCCAUGCAUUAGCGGAAGUAAGGAAAAUCAUGCUACCAGAGCAGACAGAACCCACAGCUCAACAGUGGGUUCAGCAAAAUCAGCCUUUGCCCGUGGCCGGAAGGAAUGUUCCUGUCAGAAAUAUCCGCCCCCCUCUGCGCGGUCCGCCACCACCACCACUUCAAGCUCCCUUCCCUGCACCUCCAGUGCAGCUUCCCUUCCGUGGUCGAGGUAAGCCUUGGAUAGGCAGAGGUGUUGCUAAGAACGGUGUUGCUAUCCAACCACCAGUUCCUGUUGCUUCCGAGGUGUUUGCUAAUGAUGUGAAUACCGUUGCCUACCCUCCGAUAACUCUGUAUGAGCAGAAUGAGUUCAAUUCCCAUGUUUUUGAAGAUUUCGGAACAAACUAUGGUAGGUCGGGUAGCUUCGCUUUUUUCCGUAUUUUGUGCAGCUCUUUGCGGGUUUAAUUGAGGUCUAAAUUUUUAAUCUAGGACAAGACGACACUUGGGGGAAAGUCAGCAUCCCAGAACCUCGCGGACGAGGCCGAGGCCAUCCCUACGCGCGUCCAGGAAUCAAUAAUGAUCACAAUAAUUACGGGUAAAUAACUAAUUUGACCAUGAGGCUCCGUCAUCAAAAAUAAUCAAUAAUGACAAUGAAGCCAGAGGUGCAUUUCAUGUUUGUCUUCGUCAAUCAAAUACCACUAAACUCGGUAAAAAAAAUUUGCUUAAAUUAUCUAACUGCUUGUCUGUAGUACUGUCUAAAUAUGUAAUGAUAAAAUUAAACUUGUUAAAUUCACUAAAUAAAUACCAUAAUACCUCUGUCAAUAUCCUAAUUAUGGAUACUUCGCCUUUUUUACUUGAAAUAGGUUUGUUAGCUAAUUUUAAUACUGCCAUGCGUGUCAAUUAUAUCUUGCCUCAAUGAGUAGUAAAUUUAAUUGGAAUAAUAUCCGUCGAAUUACGUGUUUUUAACUCAACUAAAUUUUGAGAUCGUCGUUUCCUUAUAUUAACAGGACUGGUAAAGUGCAGACUGACAGUAUCUGGAUAUAUCCAUACAAUGCCAGUUUUAGUACAUAAAUCUAAUCCCCCAUCCAUCUUCAACUUGUAAGGUUAAGUUGUAAUAUCUAUUCUGCUGUAAAUAAGUAAAUUUCAUGUUUCACUGGCUUUCAUAAAGUCUUGCUGCAUUUAUGCGUUUCUUGGUAGCUCCUGUGUCAGAGAUCCUCCGUAGAUUUUCUUGCUUGGGUCUCGGUGAUCUGGUUCAAUGUUGAUUAACAUGAAAGGCUUUGUAUACGCUGCUGAUUCAAACCCAGUUUCCUUCGCUCAAUCACAUCGCCAUAUAAAUGCAGCGCGGACAGUGGUUGCUGUAUUAUCAACCACUAUUCCGUUAGUUGUAUCACACUUCAAAGUACACAAUGUCCCCACUGAAACUUGCGUAGUCAGUUAAGUAGUUUCAAAAGUUAGUUUUGUAACAUACUGGCUGUUUCGUUAUAGUGCUAGCUAGUAUACAAAUAUUCCUAAACUACCUACAAGUAGCACUGAAUCGUCUAGUUUGUGUCAUAGUAUUUUUCAUUACAAACUUGGCUAAUGAUCAGAUUUUAACACUCAUAUCAAGAAUAACUAAUUCGUAAAAUGAACCCUCAAAUUCCAUUCUAAGUGAUUUUAUCAGGUCUUAUUGGUAUCUCAUUAUUAAAGAAUGUCAAGCGACAUUUGUUCAUGUUUGCAUAAUUAUUCCUACGGAGGUCCAGUUUCUUCACCGAUUGACCUAAUUUCAGUUCAGGUAGGGCAUCCCAAUUGUUAACCACUCGGUGGAAAAUACAGGUUGACACCCUGCGUUCGGUCGCGGUUGUUACACAUUUUGACCUCGAUGAUUCGUCCUAGAAAGAAUAAAAAGACGUUAACCUUCAGAUCAUUAUUAAAGAUACAUAAUGUCUAAACCUUACGUUUUGCGAUUAAAAAAAUAAGGUAGUUUUAAUCACUCGUCAUGGUAGUUUGAAAAGUCAGUUACCACAUUUAUGCCCACUUAUUGAAUACACUUAAAUGUCAAGAUCCGUAAUAUGAUAUGGACUAGCUGCUUCAGUGCAGUGGUCUAAGUGUUCUCACAUAAAUGGAACGAAAUAUUUGGAAGUACUGGGCUAAUCGUAGCACGCAAAAACUACUAGCUACUUUAUCGUAGUGUGCAACUGUUUCGUAAUCAUGAUAUACAAUUGCUCAUAGGUUUUUUGCUUUUGCGAUUGUGAAAGUUACAUCAAAUCUCUAGGCCCCGAGUUUAUGAUAAACUCAGGUAAUUUAUCUAAAUCUGCUUGACGAUCAGGGUAAUUAUCAUCAUUAGUCUGUAAAUAUAUGCAACGAAGGCGCGAUGGCUUAAUCAGUUUUCGUAGUUUAUUGACAGUGGAAAUAAUUGGGUACCUUAAGUAUUACCUUGAAGCACGUUUUUCCAUUCAGAUACUGUUCCAUUUACUCUCAAUCUUUUCUGAAAAGAAAGUUUCUUAUCCCAUCUUUUGCUGUACAUGUUAUUCUGAAGUUGGUAAGCUUCUGUACACGUCGGAUGGUUUGGCAAGAUCUAGGAAUACUGGGUCCACAGGCACAGUGAGCUGUUCAGCCCUCUCAGUGAUCAGGUAGACUUAUUAUUGUUCAAAUGGAUUCAUAGUCGUUGAAUUUGUAAGUAUAUAUUCAACUUUUAAGUUUGUUUUUUCGGUUUCAUUUUUUUGAACUAUUUUUUUUUCAAAUAAAAAAACUAUUGUCAAUAAUCUUUUUCUGAGAGGAGUAACUAUGUACUGCACGCUACAUAUCACUAGGGUGAUUAAAAUAAUUAGUAAAUUACUGGUUUGAUAUUUCGAAUGUGUAAUUUUGUACUCAUAAAGUACACCCAAAAUGUUAGAUUUCGACCUUACCCUUUACUUAAUAAGACACUUCAUAGCAUCACUUCUAUCGUCUUCAGCUUAAUCCUUAAUUCAUGUGUUCUGUAUGAUAUUUCAUAACUUUCAGAUAACUGGAUAUUUAAGAUUUAAUGUAUAUGAAUUCAGCAGAAACAUUUUGCGUACUUUAGCUCAAUUCUCUUGAACUAUUUCAUACAAUGAUUUUACUGACUUUUUCUAAAAUAAAGGUCACUGGAGUUCUUAUGGUUGGAAAUAUCCCAAAUAAUCCAAUAUAUUAGUCAAAAGUACAUUCUGCAAUACAAUGUAGACAAUAUCUUACUGUAGGUAUAACUUCAGAAGCUUAAAUUGCUUAGUAAAGUCAUAUAUUUUUUAUGCUAAAUUUUCACGUCUUUUAUGAAUUCAGUAAUCGAUUGUUGUAUUUCUUGACAAUUUAUGGAGAUCUACAAAAUAAAUCAAUUUUGGGUUCAUUAAACUGUUGGUUUGUCAGUUAACGGUUUCCUUAAGUUGAAAGUUUAAAUAAAUUUAAUGUAAUUACUGUCAAACUAGUGUUUUAUCAGUUCCGGAUAACUAGUAUGUCCGUCGCUAUAAAUUUUGGUGUCUGUUUUUCAUUCACUUUACAUGUGAUUGAUUUCAUUACCCACACUUUUUCUCUCAGAUAGCAGGAUAAUCUUUUUGUAAUCUGCGAUAUCGUAUUUGAUUUUGGUGUUGAAAUCUCCUGACAUCAUACUCAACUAUUUCUAGACAAAGUGAAGGAUAAAUUCUAAAUGCUGUUUUAUGACUAAAUAACCAGUAUUUGAGUUUCUGAACAUAGAUGUCGAAUGUACUAUCUGCAUUUUCUAACAAUUUAUAUGUAUUGCAUUCAAGAAAUUAUAAAAGACCUCUUUCAACUAAAUUUAUUACACAAUGAAUAAUCACUUGAAAUAUUGGGUUAUUGGAAUAUAGUCAAAAAAUCGAGUAAUCUAACCCACUAUAUUUCACUUUCCUUAAACACAAUGGAGUGAUAAUCUACGACUAGUCGAAAAUAACCUCAAAUACGUAUUCGGAGAACAUAAGUAGCAUACAUUCCCAAUUUAUUAACAUUUAAAUUUUUUUUAAUCAGAUGGUAAAAACAUUUAGAUUAUUCUAAAAUUAUUAUACGGGCAAUUUUCCAAUGUUCUUUAUUUCUAUUCCCUAACUUACGACCAAAAAGCUAUCAUCUCUUAUUCGAAUCAUUUCAGUCAAAUGUAUUGAACUAAGGAAUCGCAAACAGAUUCGGUAUUCUUGCUCAUACUCUUAAUAGCAACAGUAUCCUUCAUUAUUAAGAAUGCGCCAAUGCGAAUAAAUCAAAACUGUACAUAUCGUUAUGUGGAGUGAUUUUUUACAUUUCUGCCUAUUUGCUCUUUGGGUAGCAUUGAGCUGAUUUCAGCGUGACAAUGUGCUAAUUUAAAAAACCGCGCAAUUUUUUAUCUCAUGCAUGUUUAUAUGUUUUACUGUUAAAUAGCAUUCAAUAUGACGUGCAAGAUCGCUCAGAAGUAAGUAACUCAUGAAUAAGUUUUCACAUCAUUUGUAAAAAUGCAAAGCAUUUGGACCGUAUUUUAAUUUCCUACUGCUGUUUUCUUAUAAUAAAGCAGCCAAUCACGCUCUUUAAAUGGAACCAAUUGACCUGCAUUCUGACAAUGGCCUAAAUAUAUUCUUCAAACAUAUAACAUUGAUUGAAUUAUGCUAUUAAUCGAAAAACGAGUUCCCAAUCUAAGAAAAUUAAUUUUCCGCGUCUUUGAUGUCAACAGGUGUUUUCAUGUACGAAAGUGAACUAACAGAUAGAAAUCUAGGGUCUGUAUUGUAUAAUACCAUAAGAAGAAUUCUUCCUAAUUAUUAUCUUUCCCUAUCUAAUUGACGGAUGGAGAUGAAUUACACUGGUGGCGGUAUUGUACUCAAGUUAGUUUCGCUAAAUAGUACAUGUCAGUAUAUUGAUUCAAAAUAUUUCAGUAUUUUCUAUCUAAUGUAAUGGCUAAAUUCAUUUUCGCUUUAACUGGAAAGGUUGUUCCAUCUCUAAUUUAAAUGAUUCAAAUAUUUUACACUACUGUUUAUGUUAGGUUUUCGGAGGUAUUCUGAAAAAUCCCUGAACUAAGACUUUGUAGCAGUCACAUUGAAAUUAUUUUCUUUCCUGCCUGAAAUUCAUUGAAACAACACUGACUGUUACUACACCCACGAAUCUAAUAAUAAACUUCUAAUUGACUGAAAUGUGAGUGACCCACAAAUUAAUUUCCUCUAAUCCCGUAUAACGCUUCAUCAUGGUUACUUUUUGGUAAUAAUAUAAGCAUGCUAUUCUAUUACACGAAAAAUCAGUCAUCUGGUCAAAGGUUCAUUUGAUUUAAAAUCACUCAGAGGCUUCAACUAGUAAUUAGAUCUCGUAACUAACCAUCACUAGGAGACAUUGUAUCAUUGUAUAUUAUCAAUCAAUGAAUAUUACUUCUCUUCAUUUUAGUAAUUAAAAUGUCAUUCCUCUAUGACGCUGAUAUAAAUAACACAUUAUGCUUAAUUAAUCAAAUUAGGAUUCAGUGACUGAUUAGGAAAGUGCCUCCUUUUUGGAUCCUGUUGUAAUUUUCUUGAAAAUUAUUGUUGAUACUUGUUUUUAAAUUUUAGUAACAUAUUUAUGGUAAUUUUUUAUUUCAGGUUAACCAAUAUAAAAUUAUUUAAUUGAAAGUUUGGCAUCCACAAAGAGGUAUGUUAAUUAUCUGCUGAAAUAUUCAAUACGAUAUAUCAUCUGUGACACAAAUGACUUAGAAAAAUCUAUAUUAUCAAAUGAGAUAUUGAUGUUAAGAAAUAACCACCGGAAUUUCCUCGUCAAACCUUUUAUGGCUAAUCAUGUAUGAUUAAAUAUCUGAUGUUUGCAUAGCUGAUAUCUACCAUAGAACGAAAUCGUUAAACAGACCUCUCAGUAAAUCCGGACGAGUCCUGCUAUAUAACCGGAGGAAACUCGUUGGACUAUAUUCUGAUGCUAAAUCAAUCAGUACCAGCCGCCUAAUCGCAGUUUCAGUGUGAUUCUUUGUUUCUAGAUGUAUAUUGGGUUGCAUGUUUCGCAAAUAUUAAUUAUUCUUAAUGAACGCCUGGGUCCCGACCUUAUAUACCAUGGCUCAAUGGAUAGACGUCUCUUCGAGGCUUCUGAAACGAUAACAGACGACGUCUUUUUUUGACAGAGUAUUUACUCUUUUCUACUAACAUAGCUACUGUGCUUCUGGAAUUUUCUGAACAAGGUUGUGCCAAGUGGCAUAAACGCACACGAUUUCCUGUACAUACCUGAAAUUUGAGUAAAGCAUUUCCCUACUUCACGCCUUUUCUCUUGUAUUGUCACGUAGAUUUAAUCUGAAAUCACUAAAGGCGGCUAGGAAAUCGGAUCAAUUGGUAGACUUAUCAGAUUUAUUUUCAGAGUUCUUGUUGUCUUUCCAGACAACGUUACGUAUUUAGGGUAGAAGCUGUUGCAAGUUUCAACAUUUGGAUUCGCGUUUGUUCAUGAGUUUAAAACUAUGUGGACAGUUGGUUUUCUAAAAACAGUUAGCAGAUAGUUUUCUUAGUGGUAGGCCCGUCAAAGUUUUUCUUCGCAAACUACGGUGGAGGUUGUGCAUAUUUGUAAAUUGUUGCUAGUGCAGUUAAUAAGUUGGCCUUUAUGAACCGGUUACCAGCACAAUUGAGUCUUUAGUUCAUGAUUUUGUUGAUGAACACACACAUGGGUUUUUUUUCUUCGUUUUGCAGUAUGGAGUUCAUGUAAUUGAAUAUUUUCCGUUAUCCCGUAUUUGCUACGAUACUAGAAAUCGGUAUUCUCUUCUCUGUAUUUUAUCAGUGAAUUAAAAAUAUUUCUUUGGUCAGCGAGUUCUUUUAAACAAAGUUUAUGUCUGUUGAAACAUUUGCUUUGCUGGAUAAGCGCAAGGAUAUUUCAUCGUUCCCCACCUUUGAUUUACUAAAGGUGGAAACGUACUCAUUGUUGAUCUGAAUGUCCUAUUUGUUAUCUGUGGGAGGUAAGGCCAAGUGAUUGCCUGGAUCCACUAAGGUGUACAGCCAGUGCGAUGAUUGGUCGCAUUUAAAUGUCUAUUUUGUGUAUUUUUGACCAAACACAAUCAACGUUUAGUCAAUUGGAUUUUUCUGAUGUUGGUUUCCCGUUGGUACUCAAGCUGUUUAGAUGGGCUUUCUAAAAAACAUUCAAGUUUUUGAGUAGAUUAGUCCAUCUGUCAGGAUUUGUUUUACUGUUCGUAAUGCGAGCCUAGAAAUCCUGUCAAAUUUGUCAUUUGGUUUGUAAAUGAGUUAAAAUAAGUGUUAAUCAGAUUUUCUUUAGCAAAUCUGCAGUAUGUUCGAAGCUCCAGAGAUGUUAUCUUGAAUGAAUAUGUACGAUAACCAAGAGGUUGUUGAUAUAUAGGAUGGAAAACUGUAAAGAACUUAUUAUUUCUCAACAUGAAAGUCACAUUGUUCAUAUUAUCAAUUUAAAUAGUGUCCGGACUAAUCACUUCAUAAUUUAUAAAUUUUUUAUUCAUGAAUUCGACACAUUCACUUAGGAAUCCUGAAAUGUGAGAAAACCCUUUAUUCAGUCUCAUCAACGAGAAAUAUUUCGAUAUAAACGCGUUAUCAUAUUUACCCAUUGUUUGUCUCAGUGGUAUGGAUCUAAGUAAUACAGAUUAAAAGUGCGCUGCUAUUUAGUAGUUGGUGAGUAAACGACUUCCUACCAGUUUGUUUGAAAUUACGGCUGUGACUUUAAACCUGAUAAACUGUUAAGUGGAUUUUAUAGAUAAGAUAUUUUUGCUAUUGAAGGACCAGAAAUCACAUUUAAAUGUCGUAUGGCGCCUAAGCCUGUUUCUUUACACCUUUUUACUUGCAAGUACAACUAAUCCCAGUAGUUGGAAAUAAUAUCAUCCAUAGUAACCAACUGCCAAUGGAACACUAGGUUAGGGUUCGUCAACAAAUUAAGAAGCACUACACUUAUUCUGACAUAUUUUAUUGAUCUUCAUUAAAAUAAAAACUCGAAUUGAUGAACAACUGUUUUGUCAUACAUACAAAUUAAUAUUUCUAUUAUAUAAAAAUUUUCGUUGACAAUCUAUUCAUGGCAUCAAGCCUGUUGUUUUAAUUCUUUGACUUCAUUUUUUCGCCAGCAGACGGAAGUGAUUGUUGUGUGUUGAAAUCGAUGAAUGUUAAUGGUUCUUGCAAAUUGUUAAACUGUCCGUUUUAUGAUUUCCUAAUGAAUUUUCGUAAAGCAAUUUAAAAAAUAACAAGAUCGUUGUUUAUUUUAGAGAAAGUGAAUUUCCAUAAGAUUUUGUGUUUGUAUCUAAAUACGCUUACAUACAUUGAAGCCACAGUGAAUAGUGAUGACAAGAAUAUCAUACAAGAAAGACGGCGUAGACCAGCAGAAAUAUAGUGCAUUAUAAAUAGGAUCGGAUGAUCAGGUCAUUUUGAAUGUUCAUGAAAGAUGAAAUGGUGUAUAAACUUAUUUCUUCUGUGCAGCUACAUUCUUAGAUCGUAUAUUAAGGUCAUUUCUUCGGUAUCUCCCAGCAUAUGUUAACUAAAGAAAAGUCUAUGUGUUACAUAUAAAAUAAGUGAGCAAAUUAUCUUGAGUACAUAUUUUUUUAUUUUCCUCCAGUAUAGCAAUCUGGAAGGGAUGGGACUAAUUUUUCUGUGCUGGAAAUACGGUCAGAUAAACUCCGAUUUGAAAAAUCUUAGUUUGACGGCAAAAACAAAUUUUAGACGUUGGAUUUUUAUUUCUACUGAUUCAACUUACACUGAUAACUGGAUAGUUUUCUCUGACAGUUGAAUAUUUGGAUCGACGGUUAAUGAAUCUUGCGGUUCAGAAGUUAUUAUCAGUUCAUCACACGGAAUGCAUAACUAGAAAUGAAAAUCAGUAUAAUUGAUUAUUUUCUUUAUAGCAACGAAUAAAACGUAACACCAA